AUGCAUGUCUCCAAGGCAGCGUUCCUGGGAGAUGCGGUGGCCGUUGCCGCCGAGCGACAGAUGGCGCCUCAGUUCGCCAAGGGGAGGCUGCGGUACAUCGACGCCGCGCACCUCGUGAUGUUCGGCCUCGGGUGUGGGGGCGAUGAGGUCUCCAGCGGAGCCGCCAGAAGCUGGCGGUUCAAGAUCAAGAGCUACUUGGAGGACGUGGCCGACUCGGACGGGAUUGGGGCGGGCACGCUGGGCCACAGCGACUUCGCCGUGAGCGCGUCGCCCAGCGUGUUCAGGUUUUUUUGCGACAUGGACAUCUCACCUACCGACGUGGCGUAUAUCGCCACCGAGAUCGGAGCGCACAAGCUCAACCAACAAAAAGCACGAGCCCGGGCGAAGCGGGGCUCUUCGGCAUCGGGGAGCGCUGCCCCGCUCCAGGGCCACGGCUCCAGUCAUGCCAUGCCUGUGGCGGACCACGACGAGCCUCCCGCUGCCUGCGUGCCGCAUGCUGGCGGCGUGCCCUACGCCGAGUUCAGUCACGGCGAACUCGUCGCGGUGCUGGGCGUCCGAGACGCCACUAUAGAGGACCUUAAAGCGCGGCUGCACGAUGCGCAGAAGCUUAAGAGCUACCACAGGAAUAGGAACCAAGCGCUAGUGGCAAUGCUUCGGGCUACCGAGGAGGAGCGCGAGGCGUUGGUGCACAAACUCAACCUCCGCCCGAACUUGAGGAACGUGUCCGUCUACGGCGGGUAUGCCCUGCCCCUCAGCAGAAACGUCGGGCACGCUGGUGGCCAAGCAACGCUCGGAAUGAUUGCUGGGGGCGAAGAGAAGGGCGACCUGCACGACAAACACAUCGUGUACAGGUACGAGCAUCAUACUGCACAUGCCCUGCAAAUGAGGGCAGCUUCUGAAUACGAUGCGCUGGGCGCCUGCGAGAUGGAGGUACAUUGUUUCAAGUCGGAUGCGACCCACCAGGAAGCCAUAGACCACACCAAGAUCCAUUGUGCCACGGUCGCGUCGAUCGGGGUGCCCUCGCUCGCCCUUUUCGACGGAGACGAUCAGGGCGAUCUGAUGGCGCUCGCGGAACAGCUUGUGCACGUGCGGGCUGUGUGCGACCUUCAGAAUGUGGUGCAUGGCAAUGGGGCGGAGACGUAUGCGCUCUCGCUGCUGGAGCUGAAGUCGGUGUCUUGUCCGUCGUGGGAGGCUCGAGCCGACGAGGCCAUCGCCGCGGCCAGGGCGCCUGGUGCCGACGCCCGUCGCGUCGCCACAUAUUGCUUCGGGGCCGACGCGGGCCCCGACAAUCUUGGCAUGUGCAAGCGUAUCCGACAACGGCUUCUGGGUAACGACUCGGUGUCGUUCGUGAUGGUAUUUUGUUUCAUGCACCAGAUCCAUCUAGCGGUGCUGGCCAUGCUUACUAUCGUGGAGGAGUGGGAGUGGCCUGAUACGGGUGCUGACGGUAUGGCGGCGCCGCCUGGUAGAUACUUCUGCUCGGUGGCGACUGUGGCGAAUGUGUGGAGGACGCCUGGGUCGCAUCGGAAGAUCAAGGGCGCUGCUGCCCGACUAUUUGAUGGGCACGUCAGUGAAGCGUACUUCGGCCGCCUGCCCGGGCGCCCCUUGCGCGGCAGAUGGGGUCGCAUCAGCGACGUCGAGAAACUCCUGGCGGCUGCCCGCAAGUACAUAGGACAAGUCUUCGCCAAGGUCUGGCAGAAAGACGUCGCAGCUGCGAAGUCCGCGCAGCCCGCGGAGGCUGGGGUUCACAAUUGGGCUCAGAAGGCCGUCGGCAAGAACAAUCAGCUGCUGAAGGCGGCCGAUAAGUUGGGAACAACCUACGUUGGACCUACUCCCCUCAGCGAGCUCGUUGGAAGCAAGUCGAACGACAUCUACCAGAAGAUUUGCGCCUUGCUCACGAGUACGGCCAUGGACGAGGACACCGUGUGGGGCCCCUUGUGGGAGUCGCUGCAACACCGCGAGGUGCGGGCCUCCGCGUGCGCUUUGAUAGUGAGGUUGGUCCUUGCAGAGGCGGCGAGCUGGGAGCACCGCGUGCGCACCAAGGUUACGUCCUUCCCCUUGCUGCUCUUGAGGAUGGUGGAGCAGCCUCCGCACGAGUUCGACCCCGUGAGGCAACUGGUCGCCACGGAGCUCAUGACGACUGACGAUUGCUGCCUUCAGGAUGGGGGCUGCCCGCGCCGCCUUUACAAUGCGCUGGUGCUUCUGCGCAGCAAGCUGCCGCUGGAUAACCAGGACCUGGAAGGGAUGAACAGCAUCCUCCAACAAAUGGCGAAGCUCGCUCCCCGCCUGAAGCUCCCCAUGGCGACGGCGCGGAUGGUCAUCAAGAAGAGCCCCGACAUCACCGCCCAGGAGUGGCAAGCGUUCAGGUUUUUGCCGAUCACGUCGGACCAGCUUCUACCAGAGCCUCCACGCUUCAAGCCUUGCAAGCAUCAAGCUCCAACAGAUGCUGCCCGGGCGUGCGGCCUGUCCCUGGCGGCGUAUGCCGAGCUCGAUAUCGACGUGCGCCACAUGUAUCACGUCAGCGGGAGGAAAGAUGUGUACUUCGUGCUGUGCUGGUCGUAUUCAUGCCACUUGUGGGUUGCACUGGGCUCCGUUGAUACCUUCUUUGGGCCGAAGUGUUUUACCCUGAACCAGCCGCUGGAGACAUUGCCCCUGCGCGACUUCCUACUGCGACGUGGAGGGCUCCAGGCUCCGCCGCAAGGCGACGGGCUGUCGAGCAAACGACGGCGUGUAGGUGAGGACCUCGAGCUGACGCGAGAGACGCUCGUGUGGAACGCCGUCUUCCAGGCAAACGUUACGCCCCACAGCAGGGCCACCGUGACGCUGACGCCGCGCCCGCCGCGGAAGCAGGAAGACGGGGUCACGGAGGCCGACGAUGACCAGGUGGACCCAUGGGCCCAGGAGUUGGAGUCCGAGCUCGGCCGCAUCAUGGAGGAAGUCGAGGCGAGAGAGGCAGAGGCCGCAAAGCUAGAAGAAGGCUUCGAGGACCAGCUGGAGGCGGCCGAAGACGCAGUCCUUGACGAGAGCGGCCACGCAGACGAGCCAGAUGAACCCGAGCGCCCCCGACCUGCGGCGGGAGCAGCAGUCCGCCCACUUGAGCCCGAGGAUCCCCUCAUCGAGGGGAUAAAGGAGCGAGUGCGGGUGAAUAAGGAGCGACUGCGCCUUGCUUGGGGGCAGAUCGCCACCCAGUCCCCCGCCACCCAUCCGAUGCGCCAUGGAGUGAUCUCGCUGAUCAAGCGCGGAGACCUCGUGAUGUUUGUGCGGUGGACGACAAGGCCAGGGAAGUGUAGGCAGAUCCAGCUCGACCGCUACAAUAGUAUCUGUACUGUGGGCCCUGUCCCAGAGAUCGACUUGAACGACGGCAACUACGAGGUGAUCAUUCGGGACACCAUGACCAUCAUGCUCCAGACAUCGGCGGCCGGGCGCCCGCCCAUGACGCCGUGGGCGCUCACGCUGCAGACCCGCGCCAACACGCGCAUGUUCCAGGGGCCGUUCGCUUCGAACGAGCUGGAGUGCGUGUCGUGCCAGGGCGACAUCCUCGGGGGCAUGGGCGGGGACCCAGAAUGGCGCGUGCAGCUCCAGCUGUGCAUGUGCACAUGUUGCUUAUCUCCGUGGCACAACGCCUGCGUCGACAUGGUAGCCGACGACGGUCACCCGCGCGAGGGGUUCGUGUGCCCUGCGUGUAGCGAGGCGGGCUUCUUCGCCCCCUAG